AUGUGGGUGGGCUCUGCAAGUUUGUCAACAGCUUUUCCAGUCACUUUUUGUACCGUCCUGAUCAGGAUGAUGAUAACAAUGAUUCUGACCUGUAAAUCACCGUCUAUUUCGGCACAUUCAACCACUACUAUCACUACCAGCGCCACCACGGAACCUACUACAACGGUCGUAGAUCUCAGUACGAUACACAGCAGUAUUAUCAAACCCGAUGAAUCUUUUAAAGUCGCUGUAAUUCAAGCACUCUUAGACGUUAAACCACAAAAGAGUACUGAAGCAGACGUCAAUUGGGCAACAAAUGAUGUUAAAAAUAGAAAGCCACGCCACAUAGCUGAAAAAUCGUCAGUUGAAAUCGACACAUCACCAUCUUCUGCAGCGAAAACCUAUCAUAUUCGCAUUGUGAAUACAGCCUGGAAAAAAUCAGAGGAUACAUCCGAUGAAGAUCCGAUAAGUAAAGUGUCAGAUGAAAGAAAGGAUGUACAGGAAAUAGAACGAAUUAUUCAUAGACGACACGGCGAACAUCCAAUACGGCAUCUACACCAUAACCGCCAUGUUUCAUCGAUGCCGCCUGAUCGUAAAAAAAGAGAACGAGAACAAUUCAAAGGUAAAAAAGUUAUGAAUCUGGUGAAGCCAAAAGAAGGUUUUGAGUGUCCGACGAGAUCAAAAAACCGUAUGAAAGAUCAUGUGACGGCAGUAACCAUUGAAGAAAUAUGCGAUGGUACACCCCACUGUCCCAACGAAGAAGACGAAGACCCAACAGCCUAUAAAAGAAUUGAUGGCACAAAUGGACAGGGACCUGAAGGACCAGAUCGGAAGGCACCAAACUGA